CGCACACUCAUGAACGAAGAGGUCGAGCAGCGGCUGGAUUCGGAGUACAGCAUGCGUAUAGUGCGGGACGAGCAGUUUUACCGUACUUUCUACCGCGGGAUGCCUGGAGACACUGCUACUGAGGGCAAGAAAAAGAGUGCAUCCUCGUCGCCAGAAGCCGAGGAUGCGAGCGAAAACAAUGAUGCGUCAGAGGAGGAGGAGGAGGAGGAAGAAAUUCUACCAGACGGCAGCGUGAAGAAGCUGAAAGCACAGGUGCCGUACGGGGUUUCCUUGCGUUUCGAGUGUCAAAACGACUACAGAGACGGGCUGCAGCGGCACAAUCAGGUGCUGACUUGCGAAAAAGAUGGAUCGUGGUCGCGCUUCAAUCCUCUGGCCUGUGUGCACUCGACCAGCUGCUUGUUCAGCGAUUUGCGCGACCCGCAGUUAGGCACCUACAGCGGCACGUACUACCACCCAAGAGGGCGUCCUUUCAAAGUCGCCAAGACUAUGUACAAUGGCCGCAACAAAAACGUCGAUUACCUGGAGCACGGUCAGUGGGUCGCACCUGCGUGCUCGGACCCGGACUUCGUGCGAGCGGACACGCGGAAGCGGACGCAGCAAAAGGAUCUCUCCUCCGUGGAGCGCUUGUACUGCUACGACGGUAACUGGGAAAUGGUGAAGGAUGUCGAGGGCUUCGUUGGUUGGAUGAAGGACAACGGCUACGCGGAGAACAAGCCGCCGAAACCUAAGGAAGACAAGGAAAAGGCAGAGGGAGAGAAGAACGACGACGAGGAUGGGGAGGACGACGACGACGGGAAAGGUAGUAGUUCCUCCUCCGCAGACGGGAGAGAAAAGUUUUACGCGAACAUCCCAGACGCAGAGCGCGCCGAAUGGACGAACCAGGCUCCGCUGGGUGGCUGUCGGCGCUUGCUCAGCUGCGAAGAGGAGAAGUGGUUAAAGGUAAUGGGUGCUCCCGAGAGCAGUAGCAAAGAUGCGAAGAAGCCGCCGCGAC